AGUAAUUUCACACACAAAAAUUAAACGUUUCCGGUUGCAUUGAUUUUUGGCCUAACAAAUAGUAAACAAAAAAUUUAGAGAAAAUCUUAUCCUAAGAUAUUUCAAAAUGAACUCAUUAUCAAAUGUGCUUAAAAAUACAUUACGUGGUAAAAGUCUUCUACGAUAUAGGUUUUUAUCUGUAUGUAGCUCAAGUAAUGCAGUAAGCAUGAAUAAAAAUCACCUUAAAGUUAACUCCAAUAAAAUUUUUGAGGACAAGACGAAGAGUUUAGUUUUACCAUCGUUGUCACAUGUGAGGUUUAGUGGCUCAUUUCACAUGCCAUACACUCUGAGUCAUAUUGAAGAAAGAAUCCUUUUGGUUUUAAAGCUUUAUGAUAAAAUUAAUCCAGAUACUCUUACACUCAAUUCACAUUUUUAUGAUGAUUUGGGACUGGACAGUCUUGAUCAUGUUGAAGUAAUCAUUGCAAUUGAAGAUGAAUUUGAUUUUGAAAUACCAGAAGAACAUUCUUAUCGUUUCAUGCGGCCAAAAGACUUUGUAAGAUAUGUUGCUGACCGAUUUGAUAUUUAUGAAUAAAUCAGAAUCCGCAUAUACUCACUUUACAGAGAAUCGUUAUGUGUAGAUUUUUGAAGAUAGUAAAUAAAGUUUCUUGUUUAUUUA